AUGGACGACGAACACCAACAGAGGCGUGUUGGAAACCAAGGCGCUGCCAAACCGAACGCGACCGAGGACGAACCACUGCUUGGCCGUUCUUCGUCCUCAUCACAGGCGUCCCAGCAACUGCCCAAACAGCUUACUACACGUCACGCGUUCGCCGUUCUUGUCACUCUCCAAAUCGGCUCAGGAAUCUUUGCGUCGCCAGCUCAGGUCGAUAGCAAUGUACCAUCGCCCGGGGCUGCUCUCCUUGUGUGGGUCCUUGGUGGGCUGUUAUCAUGGGCAGGAGCAGCAUCCUUCGCUGAGCUUGGUGCCGCGCUGCCAUUGAAUGGCGGAAUGCAGGAGUAUCUGCGCCAUAUUUAUGGUGAUACUGCGGCCUUUCUGAUGGCAUGGGUGUACAUCCUGGGUGUGAAGCCGUCGUCAAUGGCUAUUCAAAGCAUCGUCAUCGCUGAGUCUAUAGGCUCCGUCACGUCCAGUACUGGCGAGUUACCCGACACGAAGAUUCUCAAGCUCAUGGCUGCCAUGGCCUUUAUCUCCAUGGUGCUGCUCAACUCCAUCAAUACCCGAUUUACAAUGCGACUGAGCGAGUCAUUCACAGUCUUCAAGCUGUCCACAGUGGGGCUGAUCGUCUUGAGCGGCAUGGUAGCUGUGGCUGCACAUCUGAUCAAUGCGAACUCUUCGUUUUCCGGGCCGUCCGACUGGUACUCCCGCAACUGGUUCCAGACUAGAUCGACAGUGUCGGAUGGCCAGACCAUCGAUUGGGUUUCCAUGGGGACCUGGGACCGUUACGGUCACUACUGUGCAGCGAUUUACGGAGGACUAUGGGCAUACGAUGGAUGGGAUAACGCCAACAUCGUAGCAAGCGAAAUCCGCGAUCCAGGUCGUGCGCUUCCAAAAGCGAUCAAAGCUGCAAUGAUCGUCGUUCUCAGUUCAUUCGAACUCGUCAACGUCGCUUACUACAUCCUUGUACCAUGGGAUAAACUGAGCAGCAACAACGCGGUAGCUGUCGCUGCUGCCACCUCUCUUUUGGGCAGACCUGCAGGUAUUCUCGUUACUACCCUUGUCGCCAUAUCUUGCGCAGGGUCUAUUACGAGCAAUGUCUUCUCAGUAGGCAGACUAACAAUUGCUGCAUCGCAACGUCAUUACAUACCUGCAGUGUUCAGCAAGCGAGGACUGCCGAUGACGCAGAGGGCUGAAGCAGAGAACAGCAUUUUAUCCAACCUUGACGCCCCAAUCUAUGCCAACUGUUUAGCCCUGGUCGUUACCCUUGCCUACAUACUGGCAGGUAGUUUUCGGGCACUUUUGACUUUCGUUGGGAUGGCUGAAUGGGUCUUCUACGUAAGCACAGUGGCUGGGCUACUUAUACUUCGUCGCCGAGAACCGGAGUUGGACCGACCCUAUCGUCCGUUCGUCGUCCUUCCCAUCAUCUUCGUUAUUGUCGGUACUCUGGUGAUCCUGCGAUCUGCUCUCUUUGCACCGGUGCAGAGUGGAGUUUUGGUGGGACUUCUCGUAGCCGGCGCUCUGAUCAGCCGAUUACGGAGCAUCCAAAGCUCAUGA